UGGGUGUUGUGGGGUGCUGUAGGCUGCAGGGUGGGGGCGGCAAUCGGCUGGGGUGUAGCUGCAAUACUCCCGGGCCUCUAGCCUCUACCUCAGUCACUUUCAGUCUGCAGCACCAGCAGCUCGCGUUUCUCUGUUAUUUGUCUCGUCUGCAGCACGUGCUCCUUUGUUAUUUGUGUUGAAACGGUUUUCUGUGCACGUUUACUAGUUUGUUUCGUUUUUCUUCUUCGUCUACUCAUUAGAAUAGAGACGUUGUUCGUCGUGAUUAUCGAAAACGGUCUAUAACUAUCGACAAAAUGGUGCACAAUGGUGUGGAAUCACAUCCCCAACAGAACGGCUCAAUUCACACAAACUCAUCCUCUUCAUACAAAUCGUCUUCGCAAACGAAUCCUGGCGGAAGUCAGGAGGACAGCAAGACGAAUCUAAUCGUCAAUUACUUGCCUCAAACCAUGACACAGGAAGAGAUUAGGUCCCUGUUCUCUUCAAUCGGUGACGUAGAAAGCUGUAAGCUCAUCAGGGACAAAGUGACAGGCCAGAGUCUCGGAUAUGGCUUUGUGAACUACCAUCGACCGGAGGACGCAGAAAAAGCAAUCAACACGUUGAAUGGGCUCAGAUUGCAGAACAAAACCAUCAAAGUGUCUUUUGCAAGACCGAGUAGUGAGGUGAUAAAAGGUGCAAACUUGUACGUUAGUGGACUACCCAAGAACAUGGCUCAACAAGAUCUAGAAGAUUUAUUCGGCCCCUAUGGACGCAUCAUCACUUCACGUAUUCUGUGUGAUAAUAUAACAGGGUUGUCGAAGGGCGUGGGCUUCAUAAGAUUCGACCAACGCAUGGAGGCCGAACGGGCCAUCCAGGAGCUCAACAACACCAUUCCAAAGGGAGCAACUGAACCGAUCACAGUCAAAUUCGCCAACAACCCAAGCAACAACAACAACAAGGCGAUCCCAACGCUGGCGGCCUACCUGGCGCCCCAGGCGGCAAGGCGCUACGGUGGACCUAUUCAUCAUCCUACCGGACGCUUCAGGUACAUUCCUCUGUCACCAAUAAACAGGUACUCGUCAGUGACAGGUGAUAUGCAGACCAAUACAAUGAUGCCUGCUAAUGCAAUGAACGGAUCAGGCUGGUGUAUCUUUGUUUACAAUUUGGCGCCUGAAACUGAGGAGAAUGUUCUCUGGCAACUGUUUGGGCCAUUCGGUGCCAUGCAGAGUGUCAAAAUAAUCAGGGACCUGCAAACAAACAAGUGCAAAGGUUUCGGAUUUGUUACCAUGACAAAUUACGAUGAGGCAGCUGUAGCGAUACAGUCUCUGAAUGGCUACACAUUGGGCAAUAGGGUGCUGCAAGUCUCAUUCAAGACAAAUAAGAGCAAAACAACAACAACCUAAACGCCAGGGAAAAAUAAUUUUGCAGUUCCUGCUGCUAAUAUUAUGAAUGUCUCUGUCCAUAUUGCUAGUCGUAAACACAUGCUUAUCCCUUGAACUCCCAAGUUUUUUUCUUUUUUUCUUUUUACUUUUUCUUAUGUGAGACGUCAAUACAGUUGUUAAAAACAACUCAUGAAAUAUCAUUUCAUUUUUUAUUCACUUAUUUCAGAAAAUAUAUGGAAAAAUUCAUGUUACCAUAUAUAGUAACAUGGGGGGGUGAAUACGAUAUCAAUAUUGAUUAUUCAACAACUUGGUGUAUGUUUUCAUCAAUAUAUAUUAUAAUAUGUGUGUUAAUAAUAUUGUUCGUUGAUAUAUAUAAAUAUAUGAAAAAAAUACAAUUUUUUAGAUAUAUGAGUAUAAGAAAUGUCAUUUUUUGGUAUAGGUUACCAUGAAACAAGGAAUACUAAGUCCUACAUUUUGCAUUUCUGACAUCUAAUACAAUCACUUCCACUGCAAUUUGAUCCUGUACAUCUUACUUUUUCACUUCCCAAAUUUUAGACAAUGAAAUGGUCUAGUCUAUCGAGCCACUGAUUCUAGAACUGCAUUAUCCUCAGAAUAAUCAUUAUUCACAUUAUCCUCUGACUUGAUACAGAAUCAUUCAUGACAGGAUUAGAAGUCAUGACUCCACAUCACAUCCUUCCCUCUCAUCAUUGGUAAAAACAAUCUCAGCAUUGGCUGCUGCUUAGAUCAGCCUUCCUUUAUCCUCAUUAUUGCUGAGUCCUCAUCAGAUAAGUCAGCCAGACUUGGAGGCUUCAAGUAGAUAUUGCUGACUCCAUUUGUUUGGAGCUCAUUUGACUCAGCAAGUAUUUCUACAAGUGUCAGUGGCCUGAAACAUGACAAAAUGAACAUUAUAAAUCCCUUUAUCGAAUGAAACAAAAUUUUAAAAUAUUCACUUGUUAUUUGUAAUUCAUUCAUUGAGUUACUCGUUUCUCAUCUGUUAUAAUAGAGAAUGCAUACUAUAACAAACUAUUCAUAUAUGAAAUAUUUUAUAAGAAAUGAUCUAUUCACAACCGAAACUUUUAUAAUAUCUUUUAUACUGGAAUACAGGUUCAAAUACAUGUUGAUGUGAACAAGGAGAAAUAGAUGUAAACUAUUCAUGAAAUGUUUAUAAAAUAAACUAUUACAUUUAUAAAA